UUGUUGGAAUGUAAUUCUGAUAAAAUGAUUAUGUAAAUAACUUGAUUGCACAUGCAACUACUUACAGCAUUGCUUCUAAUUAGUGCUUUAUGUGCUUGUUGCCAUCUUCUAAAUCACUUUCAUAUUAUAGUAUCGGAGCGUGGAGGGUACACAUCCAAUUUAAAGUUGAAAGUAAGAGCGUGGCCAUUAUUAUUUUGCGUGCUGAGUACGUAACUAUAUACAAUCCCAUAUCUUGUAGGUAUUUAUCCGUUUUAUCCGUACUACAUGUUAUCGUAAUAAGGUCAAAGUUACAGAUGCGUUGGUAAAUAUAUGA